CAAAGAUCUUUCGGCAAUCGCCGAUGCCCUAUCAAUAUAUAUCUGAUAAGGUCUCGGUUAUCACGCCGUGCCAUCACGCACACCAGUAGCGGCAGACACCAUGUGGAGGACGACUGUGUUCGUGUUGAUUAUCAUCGUUUGCUCUUAUGCAGACCCGAUAGACCGGCAGCGGCUCAACAUAACUGUGCAGAGCCCCCCGCUGCGCCCGGCCACCAACAGGAUCAUCGGCGGCACCGAAACCACCAUCGAGCAGUACCCUUUUGUUAUUCAGCUACGUGUGAACAACCAGCUUCAGUGUGGAGGCUCGCUGCUGACCAUGCGGCAUGUGCUCACUGCGGCACACUGCUUCUACGAUCAACUGAACAAUAUUAUCCCGCCUUCAGUUCUCAGCAUCCGCGCGGGAUCCUCGAGACUUUCAUCUGGUGGAAGCAUCGUCCGUGUUUCCAUGUACGUGGUCCAUGAGGCGUACAACCACUUGACCUUAGACAACGACAUCGCAGUGGUGGUUCUAGCGUCCACCCUCCGAAAUAGCACCAGUAUCAACUCUUUGGGGAUCCCUAACUUGGGCUUCGUGGUUCCGGACAACUCGACCGUGGUGCAUGCGGGGUGGGGACGCACUGAUAUGAACGUCCAUACGCCGUCUGAAGUCCUCCGCCACGUAGCGGUGUACGUCGUCAACCACACGCUGUGCGCGACACGCUACCGCGAGAUUCAGGUGCUGCAGGGCGUGCCGGCCACCAUCACGCAGAACAUGAUCUGUGCUGGGGUCAUCGAUGUUGGCGGUCGUGACGCGUGCCAGGGCGACAGCGGCGGCCCGCUGCUGUUCAACAAUGUGCUGGUGGGCGUCAUCUCCUGGGGCGCCGGCUGUGCGCAGGCGCGGUAUCCCGGGGUCAACGCCCGCGUCUCCAGCUACACCAAUUGGAUCAACGCUACGAUAACGCAUUACAACGUCGGUUCGCGCUUGCACCACUUCAGCAGCCUGUCGUUGGUGGCCCUCGUCUCCCUCGUAGUGAUCUUUAGCAAACAUGAUAUUUUGUAGAUAUUACUAGUUUA